AUGCCGGGGCCGGCGUCCACCCCUCGACCUCUUCCUGCUACAUCAAGAUCUGGCUCGGGAAGAUGGCCUGCCAGACCACUGCCACCCCGCUCGUCCUGUUCGACGCUGCCCACAGGCAGCUCCUACGGCGGCCACGCGGUUCACCCACGUCGAGAUCCCCAUCACCGGACCGACCGACGACGCGCCAGCGCGGUCCCUGCUCACGCCCAAGGAGGAGCACCUAGAGUCCAGCGCGCCGCGGAGCACGCCUUCACGAAAUGCCUGAGUGACCUCGUGAGCAUGGUGAUGCAGGAGGUGCACUUGGAGCUCACCUUCUCGAUGGGGGAGAUCAUGACGGUGUACUCUUGUGGGCCCGGGCAGCAGGCCGUAGCCCUCGUGGGCGGCGUCGGCGGCAACGACGGGUCCUCCUGA